ACGUGGAGAUCUUUGGUGUGCGGAGUUUGCUAGUGAUGGUGCAUAUACACCGGUGUUUACCGUGAGGAGAAAACUUAAGACAUCAACACGAAGAGGUCUAUCAGAAAUUGUGCGAUGGCUGCUGUGGAUUUGACUCGCUUCUUGCCUGAUAUAAGGAUUCCAUCUCACGGAGAUAAGAUAUACAAAGACGAGUGCGUGUUCUCCUUUGAUACUCCAGAGACUGAAACCGGGUUAUAUGUCUGCUUGAAUACAUUUUUGGGCCUAGGGGCAGAUUUUGUCGAGCAGCAUUAUCGAAAAACAGGGAAUGCUGUUUUCCUGCACCUUACAAGACUGAAGAAGGAGAUUGCUACUGAACAGCAGGGAGAUGGACCAGAGAAAAAAAUUACAAGGCUUGCAAUUGGUGUUGAAGGGGGAUUUGAUCCUGAUGCUGGAAAGAAGAAAUUUGAAUAUGAAGAUUCAUAUUCCAUUGUGGUGUUUCCAUCACGCGACACCAUAAAGUGGCCUAAUUCUGAUCUACCGGAAAAGGUGCAGGAAUGUGUCAAAGCUAUUCUAGCUGCAGAGUCAGCCACAAAACUAGCUGAACUCGAGGCAUUAACAGGCACAUGGGAUGGUGAAGCAAGAAUAAUAUCAAAGCAUGCAAAUAAUCUUCUUCAAUUAAAUAAUGGCAAAAAGAUUCCUCCAAGUGGAUGGAAGUGUGAGAAAUGUGAUCUCACUCAGAAUCUGUGGCUCAAUCUAACAGAUGGAGCUGUUCUUUGUGGGAGAAAAUUUUUUGAUGGCUCUGGAGGAAAUGACCAUGCUGUGGAGCAUUAUCGUGAAACAAACUAUCCCCUGGCAGUGAAGCUUGGAACAAUAACAAAGGAAGGAAAAGCAGAUGUCUUCAGUUAUGAUGAAGAUGAUAUGGUUGAAGAUCCCAAUCUUGCACAGCAUUUGGCUCAUUUUGGCAUUAAUAUUGCCCACAUGGAGAAGACGGACAAGUCAAUGGUUGAAUUAGAAUUGGAUCUGAAUCAAAGAGUAGGUGAAUGGAAUGCUUUGCAAGAAGCUGGCAGUAAACUGCAACCACUGUAUGGCCCAGGAUACACGGGACUUGUGAAUCUGGGAAACUCUUGCUAUCUAAACAGUGUGAUGCAAGUUGUAUUCUCGAUUCCAGACUUUACUAAAAGGUUUUUUGAUGAAGCUCCUAAAAUAUUUGAAAAUGCUUCAGCUGAUCCUGCUUCAGAUUUUGUUGUGCAGAUGGCAAAACUUGGUGUUGGACUUCUCUCAGGAAAGUAUUCACAACCCCCAAAAGACAGUGAUGCAGGGGAUGAAUCUCAGCCAGGAAUUUCUCCACACAUGUUUAAGAACCUUAUUAGUAAAGGACAUCCAGAAUUCUCCACAAAACAUCAACAAGAUGCUCAAGAAUUUUUUAUGCACCUUGUGAAUACUCUUGAGAGGAACAGCCGUCACCAAAAAAAUCCAGCUGAAUGUUUUAAGUUCUCUGUAGAAGAUCGUUUCCAGUGUACAAAAUCAAAAAAGGUGAAGUAUACAUAUAGAGCAGAAUACAGCCUUCCUCUGGGAAUUCCACUUGAUGCAGCCAUAAACAAAGAGGAAGUCACAGCAUAUGAGGCACAUCGAGCAGAAAUGGAAGCCAAAGGCCAACGUGUGGACCCAGGUCAAAUUGUGCGGCCAAAAAUAAAAUUAUUCUCCUGCUUGGAAGCGUUUACUCAACCAGAAAUCAUAACUGGUUUCUACAGUACAGCUGUUAGUGAGAAGACCACAGCUCGGAAGACAACGAGGCUGGCUUCAUUUCCCGAUUAUCUCCUUAUACAUUUGAAGAAGUUUACUCUGCGUGAUGAUUGGGUACCUAUCAAACUGGAUGUAGCUGUGGAAAUGCCAGAUACAAUAGAUCUUGCUGCACUUCGUGGUGGUGGCCCGCAGCCAGAUGAAGAACCUUUACCAGAAGCACCAGCUACCAUAGAAAUGCCUCCUCUGGAUGAAAAUCUGAUUUCACAGCUUGUAGACAUGGGUUUCCCACCUGAAGCCUGCAAACGUGCUGUCUAUUUUACUGAUGGUGCUGGUUUGGAUCAGGCUACAAACUGGUUGAUGAGUCACAUAGGAGAUUCAGAUUUUUCGGAUCCAUUUGUUCCUCUGGGUACCAGUUCUGGACCAAACAAAGGUAAAAGUAACUUCGAACCUAACGAAGAAUUCUGUACAAUGAUUAUGUCCAUGGGAUUCACCCGUUCACAAGCCGUAAAAGCACUACAAGCAACAGACAACAAUGUUGAGCGUGCAGCAGAUUGGAUCUUCACUCACCAGGCUGAGCUGGAUGCAGAAGAGGAAGCACCACCAACAGCCUCAUCAUCAGAACCGCAGUUCCGUGAUGGUGACAGCAAAUAUCAGCUAGUAGCCUUUAUAUCACACAUGGGUACAUCAUCAAUGGUGGGUCACUAUGUGUGUCAUAUCCUACGUGAUGGGCAGUGGGUGAUUUACAAUGACAAUAAAGUGGCUCGUUCUGAAAACCCUCCAAAGGAACUUGGAUACUUGUAUCUUUACAAGCGUUUGUGAUUUAAAACUUGAAAUACUGAAGUCAAUAGUGAAACUCCAUUCCUAUCGUCACAUGUUUAAUAAAAGUGUGCAUGCUGACAAGUUUUUUAAAAUGUUGCCUGCAUUUUAUUUUAUUACUGCCAAAUACUCAACUAGUAAGUCUGUAUUUAAUACUGAGGAAUGUGCUGUUACUUAUUUAUGAACUUUUGUACUUUGCUGGCAAAUGAGAAUAGCCAAUAUCCAUUUGCUCACUCAAAAUAUUAUUUAACUGCUCACAGUAUUAGUACUAGAUUAUAUUACUGAAUUCAGAUGUGUACAGAGCAGUAAACAAAUACACAAUAUAAAUUUUUGUGAAUUUAACAAAUAUGGUUAUCUGAAUAACAAUAAUAAACUGUUUUAAAAGUUACAUUAUGUUUUCUUAAAAACAUGUCAUUUAUUUGAUUCUGUGUUAAUUACAGAGUUGUUUUAAAGAAAUUAAAACAGUAUUCAUAAAAUAAUCAUAUAUUUCAGAAACAUUACCAAAAAAGCUUAUGUAUGUUAAUAAUGAAUUGUUUUAAGCUGUUUAUAUUAGAAGUAACAAGACAUGUAUGUAACACAUUGAAAUGUAAUUGACAUUUCAAAUAGAAUUGUAAGACCUCCUGUGCACCAUAUUAUCGGAACAUUUAUAUGGAAACAUUACACCUGCUAGUAACAGGUCUGUGACACUUUUAAGCCCAUUGAUGCAGGGUGUGAAAACACUGCAAAUAACAUAUGGCACAAAACAGAACGAUGCCACCCACCAAGAAAUGAAUAUGAGCACUAUGAACCAGAAUGCACCAUUAACAAGUUCACCAGUGCCUGCACCCAUUGCCUGCAAAGAGAAGAAAUAUCAUGUUAACUAUUUGUAUGAUGAAAAUAAUUAAUGCUGUUUUUGAUUUUAAUAA